AUGACCCGCAAUGGCCAAUCUGAUUCCCAGUACAAUCUGGAAAAACCUCAGUCGCGAAACCUCUCACCCUCCUCCCGCAUCUCGCAUUUCGACGGAGAAGUAGCUCCUGUCCUGUCGCCUCUCGAUGCAUUCGCCUUGCAAGGACGGCUUUUGGCCAAACAGCUCGAUGAAUCAAAGAAUGGGGGAAAGCGCAUGAGCCGGCUCCCCCCCGCAAGCGUUGCCAGGUCCUUAUCCCAACCAAGGCCUGGCUACUUCGGAUCACAUUCGCCGGGCGAGCCGAGUAACAAGACACCUGUCAGCCCAUCAGGUGGGAGUUAUGGUCGCAAUGGAGAAGUUGAGGAACCUACCUUCAGGCCAAAAUCACAGCACCCGAUGCUGAAUCGAAUGUCGGAAGACCUAGAAAGUGACAACGACCACAAUGCUGCAGAGGUGGCCCCAGAAGUUCCACCAAUUCCACCCAGUGCUUUUGGAGAUGUCCCCCGCGCAGAGUCACCCGAGGACGCAUCAUGGUUCCAUUCAGACGGAGAGGGCGAACAAGAAGCCCCGGGAAAGACAUCCCAGAACUGUUAUUAUGCUUCAGCAGCCACCCGGGUGCGGGAGCCGCCUGAAAGUUCUGCUACAAACCGGAAUACCUCGAAUACCCUCGCACCUCCUAUUUCCUCCGCGAAACGGACAGCAGGGAGUCCGGGACUUACUCAGCACGAAAGCUCUGACGACGAUUACUUCACCAGUUCGACGGCAGGGUCAACCUUCUCGAAACCGAGAAAGCUAUCUUCAAGCAGCGGCAUAUCGAUGCCUCAAUCUCCAAUGGCGCAUUUCACCCGAACCCAUCCUCGAUCGCCGUCCCCGACUUCCGAAAAUUCCCCCAUGCCAACCCCACUUCACCGUCCAUCUUUCAACUUUUCACGGCCGUUAAGCAGAUCUAGCACUUCUAUUUCAAUUUCCUCCCCUUCACUCUCCGGACCUGAACAACCAGAUGAAUAUCAAUCGAGGACUUUGAAGAGGGGAAAUCGCCCAUCUCCAAUUACUGUGCCAGAGUCUCCUGAUUCUAGUGCGAAGGUGGACGAUGCACAAACUUCCGCUCCGACAUCUUAUAUCUACGCGAAGUACGCUCUUCCCCGCGGGAGAUCUGUCUCGCGCGAUUCACUCGUGUUUACUGGUCUUAAAACUCCCCAUUUCGAAUGGAACGAGCCACUCUUCGAAAGUUCCCCUUCCCCAAGUGCUCCUGAGAAGGAGACAUUGGAGCAGGAACCCUCAUCGCCGGCCGCGACUCAUGCUCAUCCUCCUGCUACGCCAGCGCUAUCGGUCCAGGAAUCGCCGUUAAAACCGAAGACCCCUAUACAAUCGGAACCAAUCUCUAAAUACCCAAGCUCACCGAAAAAUAAGCCCGCUCCACGGAAAAGCUCAGGCAAGCUUGUCAAGCGGCCCGAUAGAACACCCCCCAAAAGACAUUCUUUUGACCAAGGAACCCGAAAGACUGUGGGCUUGGUAAAAUCUAAUUCGAGUAGCAGACUCUCUGUCGCUCCCAGAUCGGAGGACCAAGAUGACUCCCUAACGAUAUCUACCGACUCCAAUGCCACACUUCGACCCCACACCAGCCGUAGCGGUGGACCUCCACCUGAUACUAUUUUAUCCGCUGAAGACCAUGUUGCGAAAGGCAUACAAUGCCAUGAAAACGGUUCCCUAAACGAGUCUACGUAUCACCUCCGAAUCGCAGCCAUGCAAAAUGAGCCGACGGGUAUGCUUCUAUACGCUCUCGCCUGUCGCCAUGGAUGGGGCAUGAGGCCCAACCAACGGGAGGGUGUUCAAUGGCUUCGCAAAGCAGCCGAUUCUGCUAUUCUGGAUGCUACCAACUCUCAGUCUCGUGGGAGGAAUAUCCAGGAGAACAAGGCCCGCCAGGCGCAAUUUGCGCUCAGCAUUUAUGAAUUGGGUGUGAGCCAUCUAAAUGGAUGGGGGAUAGAACAAGAUAAGGCGCUCGCUCUGCGCUGCUUCGAAAUAGCGGGCCAUUGGGGAGAUGUGGAUGCCCUUGCGGAAGCCGGCUUUUGUUAUGUCGAAGGUCUAGGUUGCAAAAAGGACCUGAAGAAAGCGGCCAAAUAUUAUCGAAUGGCGGAAAGUAAGGGCAUGAGCAUGGUUGGGAAUAGUUGGAUAUACAAACCCAAGUACAUGUCCGAUGAUGACACGCUGCCACCGACACCAAGUCUCAACUCCCCCGCGCCUGGCCAGUUACGCACCAAAUCACGCGCUCGAGGUAUCUUCGGUCGCAAGAAAUCCACUGCUACAAAUGGCGCUCAUGACGACUUUUGA